UGCUCAUCCAUGCCACCUGCCAGUGCCACAUCAAUGCCACAUAUCAGUGCCCAUCUGUUGCCGCCUAACAGUGCCAGUCAGUGCCGCCUAUCAGUGCCAUAUAUGAGUGUGCCUUUCAGUGCCCAUCAGUGUUGCCUGUCUAAGCCCAUCAGUGCCACCUACCAGUGCCUCCUCAUCAGUGCCACCUAUCAAUGUCCAUCAGUGCAGCCUAUCAGUGCCCAUCACUGCAGCCUCAUUAGCGCACAUCAGUGAAGGAGAAAAAUCACUUAUUUACAAAAUUUUAUAA